CGCGACUCUGUCUAGGAUAGGAACAUGGAGCCCUAUCAAAUUCUGAAGUACGCGAUUUCAGAAAGAUUCAGGCGCAGCAGCGACAUAACAUAAAAAGAUGCCAUAUCAUUGAUGGGACUUACCUCCAGCAGCUGAGACAACAUGGUGUCGAGGUGUGACAGCUACCGUCCAAUCAACUCAUGCUGGGGGUAUGGACAACAGAUGGACAACUCACAUUCCACCAUACAGAAGUUGAGUACCCUUUACUGUGACCCAGAGAUGAGCGACCUCCAGCUAGUUGUAGGUGAUAAGGUGUUCCACACCCAUAAACUCAUUUUAAGCAUAUCCAGUGAUGUGCUCAAGACCAUGUUGACCAGUCCAACAUGGCCUGAAUCCUACAAAGACCAGAUUGUUCUGCAGGAGGAUCCCGAGUGUGUUGAGGUUUUUGGAGAUUUUCUACAUUACCUCUACUCAGGCCGAAUACACAUGAGUCACCUGACUGUUUUACCAAUUCUGUCUCUUGCAGACAAAUAUAAUAUUGGUGACCUUUCAUCCCUUUGUAUAGAUUACAUGUGUUCGCAUUGUGUGGCAACCAAACACACCAGUCGUGUCCUAUCUUGGUACACAUAUGCAACAAUGUGUGGACACAAACAGUUGGAGCGUGUGUGUGAAGAAUACAUUGUGUGGAAUUUUCAGUUUGUCAUUGAAACAGAUGACUUCUUGUCAAUUUCACCCGACAUCCUUGUGCAUUUCUUCCGAUCCCCAGAUAUUGUUGUGAAAAGUGAAAUAGCAUUGUAUCAAGCUGUUAAAAAGUGGGUGAUAAAGAAGCUUAUGAUCAAGGAAAAAGACUUCAGUGAAUCUACUAAACCUGUCAGCUCGGCUGCGACACUGUUUGUUGUAAGAAAUAUAGGACAACAUACUCGAUUCACUCUAAUGACCUACACUGAGCUUAAGUCACUACAAGAGGACAGCUUAGUGGAACAUUUCCCUGAGAUCCUAGCAUCUCCUAUAAAGGCAGCAUUACAAGUUCAUAUCGCUCAAAGAAAUCUUGCUCAUAGAACUGAUACAGAUACUCAUACUACCAAUGGCAGCUCAUCAUUAUCAUGUCAAAGUUUCAAAUCAGAUGAUCACGUUUCCCCAUCCACUAUCCAUGUACAACAUGAAGGAAAUGAUGUCAAAAAGAGUUCAACAGUGAACCCUCAAGAUGACAGUCCACCUGGAUUGGCCGAUGUUGGGUCAGUUCAUGUUUAUAGUGCUAUAUUACCAAUCAAUAAAUACAUUACCAAAAAAUUUGAUGAUUUACCCUCACACAAUCAAAGUGCUCAUCAUGAUGAUAUUUCUCCAUUGAAAAGCCUUUCACCUGAGCCUAUUGCUGCAAUCAGACGUGAUUUCCCACGCAUCUACACCUGUGAUUCCUGGUGUACAGAAAUGGUAGUGUCAGAGGUAGGGGAGAUAACUCCUGGAGACGUCUUGGGAGCAUUUUUCUCAACGCCUGUAACUGGAUGUGAGGAAGACGAUAGUUCUUAUUGGGACUGGCACAUUGACCUUUACCCAAAGGGUGUGACCUUCAAAAAGUGCAUGAUGAUUGGUAUGCUUGAGAACAGGGAAAUUGAUGAAGUGCUUUAUGAGACUGUACGACUAACUGUUACUUCAAACACAUCUGAGGUCCGGAAAGUUAAAAUCAGUGUGAUGGUGAUUGGAGAAGAGGAAGGUAUGGAGUAUGUUGUGCGUGGCUUGACAAAGACAUGUAUUUUUGAUGAUGAUCAUGUGCUAUUUAAUAUUAGCGACAUCAUCCCUUAUGCUAGUCUCCAUGGAGACAAACCAUUGUACAAGAUAGGUGACAAAAAAGACACUCUAAAAAUCACUGUUGUCAUACGACCUGCCUUAAUGGUGUGAAUCUAGGUAUAGGUUCAUACUUUAAUGCAUGAAGAUUUUCCAGUUGGAUGCAUUAUAAAACUUCAAUUUCAGCCUUCCUUGUGUCUUGGCAGUUUAACAGUGUUAUUCUGAUCAAUAGCCCCAUUCAACAGACACAGUUACUAUAGUUUUUGUGUGUAUUGGAUUGCAUGAUAGAAAAAGCAAUAUAAAUUAAUACAGAAAUAUAGUUGGAUAUUGACUUUAACGUAAGGACGCUAAAGGGUUUUAUGGUGCUCACUGAUCUAUAUUCGGACUUAUAUAACUGAGAAACAAGUACUGCUUAAAAUUGGAAGGAAGAUAAAAAUCAUUUGUUAUAAAAUAGUACAUACAUAAUGGUAUUUACUGCUGGUAUAUAUAUCAGAUAGUGAAUUUUUCUCUUUCCACCUUCCCUUACUGGUAUCUGCUCAACAGUUUUAAAUCACAUUUUCUGUAUUUGGGUUUAAAAACAUUUGGAUUUCAAUAUUUUAUGAUCAGCUUUUAAAAAGGUUUUCUGGAUUUGGGUUUAAAUAUUUCAAUAUUUCAAUAUUUCAUGUUGAGCUACCAAAACAUAUUUGUAAACAAGAUUUCCAAACGAAACUGAAUUUUAAUAUGCUGAAACAGUAAGGAUAACCAUCUAAUUAAAUAAACUAAAAAGAUUGAAUGAUCUGAUUAACAUUGUGAAGAAUUGAUAUUCCAGAUGAAAUUAAUUGACCAAUGAGUCAUUGAGACUUGAUAAAGAAAUCAAAAUCCUUCUCCAGGACUGUUAGCUAUAGCAUGUUGAUUGACAUUAUGAUACAAGCAUUGAUAGAUAGCAAGGGGAGGCAACUUGUUCAUCAACAUCAUCUUUGACUGGUGAUCACAGGAGGUAAAAAGUUAAAUUCUAAAGUAAUUUUUAUUUUCAAUAAUGAAGAUGAUGCAGUAGUUCAUUGAUACAUACAACUGUAUAUAAUCAUUGUUUGAAAAUGUAACAAAAAUUCACUGUGAAUUUGCAUAUCAGAAUCAUUUCCCUUAGAUCGAGAUCUCUCCACCAUACUCAAAUAAAUGAAAGAAUUGUGUAUCAAUUCAUUGUAUUCUUUUUGUAACACUAUCAGGCUUUAAUAUCCAUUGAUAGAUCUAAAAUGACAGGUGUUUCUUUCCACCCGUUCUUUUUGAUGAUAUAGUGUUAACUUAGUUUUAUACUUAUAUUCCGGAUGACAAGUACAUAAUGCAUGCUAAGAUUUUACUUUUUAUUAAAUUUCUAUGCAUAAACAAAAUCUUGGUUAUAUUUUUAACUGACCGUAAUAUUUUUUGCAUAUUCUUUAUACAUUAUUUUUGCUUCACUUUAAAUUUCCAAAAGAAGACUGACGGAUUU